GCCCGCAGCCCACCCGGGGGGAGGCGGCCCCGAGCGACCCUGAACCUUCUUAUGGCCCGGGCUGGGGCCCGGGGCCUCGGUUGCUGACGCGCCCGAAGCCCGCGGAACCCGUUAAGCCCGGGCCGCGGCGCCGACCCCGGCUCAGGCACAGCAGCGAGAGGGCGCGGGCAGGGCCAUGGCCCCGGGGGGCCGCUAACGCGGGCCGGCCCAACCGGGAGCCGCUCUGCCGCCGCCGCCCGGGAGCCCAGGCCCCACUGCCGCGAAAGAGGUGUCCAGACAGCAGAGCCUGCUUCCUGGGCCCUAAGCCCCUCCCACAAUGCCUGUUGCUGGUCUCCUCCUCUGGGCUUCCCUACUGACUGGGGCCUGGCCAGCCACCCCGACCCAGGACCACCUCCCAGCCACACCCCGGGUCCGGCUCUCAUUCAAAGAGCUUAAGGCCACAGGCACUGCCCACUUCUUCAACUUCCUGCUCAACACAACUGACUACCGAAUCCUACUCAAGGACGAGGACCAUGACCGCAUGUACGUGGGCAGCAAGGACUACGUGUUGUCCCUGGACCUGCACGAUAUCAACCGCGAGCCUCUCAUUAUCCAUUGGGCAGCCUCCCCACAGCGCAUUGAGGAGUGUAUGCUCUCAGGCAAGGAUGGCAACGGUGAGUGCGGGAACUUUGUCAGACUCAUCCAGCCCUGGAACCGCACACACCUGUACGUGUGUGGGACCGGCGCCUACAACCCCAUGUGCACCUAUGUAAACCGCGGCCGCCGUGCCCAGGCCACAUCCUGGACCCAAAUGCAGGUGGUCAGAGGUCGAGGCAGCAGAGCCACGGAUGGUGCCCUUCGCCCGACGCCCACAGCCCCACGCCAGGAUUACAUCUUCUAUCUGGAGCCUGAGAAACUCGAGUCAGGGAAGGGCAAGUGUCCGUACGACCCCAAGCUGGACACAGCCUCAGCCCUCAUCAACGAGGAGCUCUAUGCUGGUGUGUACAUCGACUUCAUGGGCACUGACGCAGCCAUCUUCCGCACACUUGGAAAGCAGACGGCCAUGCGCACAGAUCAGUACAACUCCCGGUGGCUCAAUGACCCUUCAUUCAUCCAUGCUGAGCUCAUCCCUGACAGCGCUGAGCGCAAUGACGACAAGCUAUACUUCUUCUUCCGCGAGCGGUCAGCAGAGGCGCCGCAGAGCCCUGCUGUGUACGCCCGCAUUGGGCGGAUCUGCCUGAAUGAUGACGGUGGCCACUGCUGCCUGGUCAACAAGUGGAGCACGUUCCUGAAGGCACGGCUGGUCUGCUCUGUGCCAGGCGAGGAUGGCAUUGAGACUCACUUCGAUGAGCUCCAGGAUGUGUUUGUCCAGCAGACCCAGGAUGUGAGGAACCCAGUCAUUUACGCUGUCUUUACCUCCUCGGGCAGUGUGUUCCGAGGCUCCGCUGUAUGCGUCUACUCCAUGGCUGACGUUCGCAUGGUCUUCAAUGGGCCUUUUGCCCACAAAGAGGGCCCCAACUACCAGUGGAUGCCCUUCUCGGGGAAGAUGCCGUACCCACGGCCUGGCACGUGCCCUGGCGGAACCUUCACACCAUCCAUGAAGUCCACCAAGGACUAUCCUGACGAAGUCAUCAACUUCAUGCGCAGCCACCCACUCAUGUACCAGGCCGUGUACCCUCUCCAGCGGAGGCCCCUGGUGGUCCGCACAGGUGCUCCUUACCGUCUCACCACUGUCGCCGUGGACCAGGUGGAUGCAGCCGACGGGCGCUAUGAGGUGCUUUUCCUGGGCACAGACCGCGGGACAGUGCAGAAGGUUAUUGUGCUGCCCAAGGAUGACCAGGAGAUGGAAGAGCUCAUGCUGGAGGAAGUGGAGGUCUUCAAGGACCCAGCACCUGUUAAGACCAUGACCAUCUCUUCCAAGAGGCAACAACUGUAUGUGGCCUCGGCCGUGGGUGUCACACACCUGAGCCUGCACCGCUGCCAGGCAUAUGGGGCUGCCUGUGCCGACUGCUGCCUCGCCCGGGACCCCUACUGUGCCUGGGAUGGCCAGGCCUGUUCCCGCUAUACAGCGUCCUCCAAGAGGCGGAGCCGCCGUCAGGACGUCCGGCAUGGGAACCCCAUCAGGCAGUGCCGUGGGUUCAACUCCAACGCCAACAGGAAUGCCAUGGAGUCUGUGCAGUACGGCGUGGCGGGCAGCGCGGCCUUCCUUGAGUGCCAGCCCCGCUCGCCCCAGGCCGCUGUUAAGUGGCUGUUCCAGCGAGAGCCCAGUGACCGGCGCCGUGAGAUCCGUGCAGAGGACCGCUUCCUGCGCACAGAGCAGGGCUUGCUGCUUCGUGCCCUGCAGCUUGGGGACCGCGGCCUCUACUCCUGCACAGCCACUGAGAACAACUUCAAGCACGUCGUCACACGGGUGCAACUACAUGUACUUGGCCGGGAUGCUGUCCAUGCUGCCCUCUUCCCACCGCCAGCCACGAGCGCCCUACCGCCUGAGGGCGCUGGUGUCCCCACACCCCCUUACCAGGAGCUGGCCCAGCUGCUGGCCCAGCCAGAAGUGGGCCUCAUCCACCAGUACUGCCAGGGCUACUGGCGCCAUGUGCCCCCCAGCCCCAGGGAUGCCCCAGGGGCACCCAGGCCCCCUGAACCGCAAGACCAGAAAAAGCCCCGGAACCGCCGCCACCACCCACCGGACACAUGAGGCCAGCUGUCUGAGCCCUGCCAUGGGCCAGCCUAGCCCUUGUCCCUUUUAAUAUAA